CGCUAAACUCCCCGAAUUCACUGUCGUCGACGAAGGGCCGCGUGCUCUACUGCCGAAAAUGCGAGGGCCACGGAUUUCAGCGUAUUUUGAAGGGCCACGCCCCGCUUUGCCCCUUUAUUGAUUGUAAAUGUAAAUCGUGCGACCGGUUGAUGCGGAUGCGGAAGAAUGCGUUUGUACGUCGUUAUAAGGAGAGCCUGCCGGAGGAUACGGAAGUGGAUACCUACGACUCGGCGGACUCAUCGGACGCGGAAGAGAUGUCGCGCGGCGAGCGUAUCCUCACUGCAUACCCGCCGUUUCAAGGCGAGCCCGUACACUUUAUUCAAAGGUAUCCGACCUCGUUGCCGCCGCGUAUCUUCACAAAUGGUGGACACCCGGAUUUUGGGCAGAUGGAAAUGGUGCCGCGUAACCUCACCGUUGUCAACAUCGAAUGCCACGUUUCUCUCGCCGCUGCAAUCCCCGUUGACUCCAUCGGGUCUGGCACCGCUAUCGGCUCUCCCGCCACAGAAGAAGCCCCAACCGGUGGUGUUCACAUUUCCGACACCCGUCUCUCUCGCCUCUACCCCAUCACCAAUACCACC